GCCGCAACCACCACCACUUUCGAAACUCUUUUCAUAUGGCACCCAUAACUAAAAUCGACUGCAAUAACAAGAAAAAUGUUUUAUGUUUAAGCUUUCUUUUCUUUUUGUUUGUUUUCUUUACAUAUUUAUAUUUAUUCUUUUAAUCAUCAAUACGCCUGAAUGGAAUACUUGUUGAUAUCUCUUUGGAAACUAUUGUCGAUAGGUACCGUCUGAGAAGUUAAGGUUUAUAUACAACUAACAUAUACACACACACACGCACAAAAGGUAUACACAUACAUAUAGGCUGACUUACAUACAGACACUUACACGCGCGCUCACAUAUAUAGAUACAGACAGAGAUACGUACAAACACGCAUACACAUAUUUAUGCAGAUCAUUUUGUAGAAACUUUUCCCUCCCCUGCGCACCCCACUCUCUCAUUCUCUCUCUCUCUCUCUAUAUAUAUAUAUUUAUACAUACAUAUAUAUAUAUAUAUUCACAAACACGCGCAUACAUACACACAUACAUACAUACAUACAUACACUGAAGAUUUAUACGUAAGAUAAAAAGGAAAUACAAAACACAAGACGGAAAAACAAAGCAAACCUCACAUGUUUACAUCAUAUGUACACCUACUCACGUGUACACUGAUAUUUUCUUUUACCGAAUUUGAAUCAAAGGGAAUAAUAUAAAAUACUAUUCUAAAGUGAAAUAGCUUUAUAAGAUUAAAAAACAAAAACAAAAGGAAAACAAUUUAAUUCAUUACAGAAAAAGAAAGAGAGUGAAAAAUUCAGUAAAAUUUUUCUCAAAAUUUAAGUUUCAUUGAGAGAAAAGAAAAAAAAAACUAACAACAAUUAAUUGAACAAAGUGUGACUAUUUAACAUUAGAAAUAACAUUAUCUCUUCGACGUUAUUUCUUGGCGCUGACCUCAUCUUAAAAUUAAUCAAAGAUGAGUAACAAAAUUCAAGUUUUUGCAAUACCGACGGGAUUAUUAUUUUUAAGUUUAUUUAUCUUUGUCAAAACCCAGACGACCACAGCAGAAGAUAUUGUAACUAACAAAGAGCAACCAUCGGUUCAGAAUAACUCGGACAUCGGAUUUAUCAUGCGGAUUACCGCCCAAGGAUUCGAUUACGGGGCACAGUUGGGUGCUGAUGUCCUUUAUCAAAAGCUAAAACAUAUGAAUUACAUCCCAGAUUUGAUAACAAAACAAAAUGGUGUUGAAAUGACCAUAACCAACUUAUCUAUUGUAGAUUUUUCUCCACCAGUUGGCUAUGCUGAGCUGAUUCCUGAUCAUGGAGUGCGAUGGAUCCUCUCCAUUAAUCAUACAAAAGUGAGCGGAUAUUGGAACUAUAUCACACGUGCUUGGUUUACCUUUCAAGAUGAAGGAAGCUUUUUAGCUGUUCUUCAUGAAACAAUACUGAAUAUUACGAUUGAAAUCACCCGCAGCAGUUAUGGUGGAGUUGUUAUGACGGUAUCUGAAUGUGAAAGUAUCAUCAACUUAGAAAUGAAUUUGGGCAGUUGGCUUUAUAAUAUUGUAGCAAGUCUGGCUCAACCAUUUUUGGAGAACAUUUUGCAGAGUCAGCUUUGUGACAUUGCUACAGGAAUUAUCAAAGUUGAUGCCAUGUCAAUUUUGGAAAAGUUGCCAGUGAAUAUCACCUUCCAGAACAACUAUGUGAUGGACUACAGCAUGUUGGAACCACCUUACUUCACUGAAGACUACAUGGAAACAUACCAUAAGGGUGAAGUUACAUGGAAAGAUGACAAAGAAGGAAUUCCUUUCAAACCAAUGCCAUUAAUUCCUCUCAUAGAAACUGAUCGUAUGCUAUAUUUACAAAUAUCUGAUCAUGUCUUCAACAGUUAUUGCUAUGCUGCCUUCUCACAUAAUAUGCUGUCCUUUGAAGUUACCAAUGACAACUUGCCAGGUAACAUUUUAUCUACAACUUGUGAAUCAGGAGGCUUAUGUAUUGGACGGUUGCUUCCAAAAAUUGGUGAGCAAUUCCCAAAUGAAUCUAUAUCUCUUUCAGUAUUCAAUAACCUAAGUCCUCACUGGACUUUUGAUGACACCAUACAGCUUAAUUUUAAAGGAAUAUUAAAUUUCAAUAUUCCUCUAAAGAAUGGCCGUAAUGUGUCAAUAUUCAUGAUUGAAUUGGAUUUAAAAGCACACAUGAGUGCUGUCAUUAAGGAUAGUAGACUUUAUUCACAAAUUGUCAAAUUUACUUUCAAAACAAUUAAUAGGAAAAAUAGUUUAUAUGGUGAAAAUUUCAAUUUCUAUCCAUUAACAAAUUUGGUUAUCAAGAAGUACGUGAUUCCUCGAAUCAAUGAUCAAGGAAGGAUUGGAAUUCCUUUAGUUAUGAUGAGUGGCACUAUGGUUGUAAAUACAGAAUUAAAAAUACAGAAGCAUACACUGACUCUUGGUACAGAUUUCGAGAUCAAGCAUCUAUGAGCUUUUUUCACAUGAAGAUCACCUCUACAAUAGACAAGAAUGUUUCUGUAGAAGUUGAUUUUUACUUAUCAUCCGAGAUGAUGCAAUUUUAUUCUAGGCUCAACUUCAGAAUGGUUCCUGAUUAUAAACGUAUCUAUAUAUGAGUGUGCGCGUAUAUACAUAUAUGGAACACAAACAUAUACACAUGAUGGAUAUCAUGCUGAAAAAGGUUGUGAUGAAUUUUUCCGGUUUUGGCCAAUAAAAGUUACCUCCCUUUAAUGAACGCUUACCAAGUUUGAAACUUUAGUAUAGUGAGGAAAGAUAAAUUAAAAUAAAAAGAAAGAAAAAAAAAACCAAAAUGU